AUGCCCGGCAUGGAGCUCCCAACGCUGGUGUUGGGCACCGUAGCCGCGGCCGGCAUGGGCCUGGUGGUGACGUCGCAGGUCGGAGGCGCUGAUAUGCCCGUGGCCAUCACCCUCCUGAACAGCGCUUCUGGUUGGGCCCUGACGGCAGAGGGCUUCGUACUCUCCAACAACCUGCUGACCAUUGUCGGAGCCCUCAUCGGCUCUUCUGGUGCUAUUCUUAGUCAGAUCAUGUGCGAGGCAAUGAAUCGCAACAUCCUGGAAGUCUUGGGUGUGACCUCAAAGCCCAAGAAGCAGAGCGAUUCCACCUAUCAGAUCGAAGGCGAGGUGACAACUACUAACAACGAUCACGUGGCCGAUCUCUUGGCGACGGCCAAGAAGGUCGUCAUCGUUCCAGGCUACGGUGUUGCGGUAUCCAAGGCUCAAUAUGCCCUAGCACAGCUGCUGGAGAUGCUGACAGAGAACGGUACAGACGUGAAGGUCGCCAUCCACCCAGUGGCCGGCCGAAUGCCUGGGCAGCUGAACGUGCUGCUGGCAGAGGCAGGCGUGCCAUAUGAUCAGGUCCUAGAGAUGGACGAGCUGAACGAUCCUUCCGACUGGGAAGACGUGGACGUUUCACUGGUCGUCGGUGCCAAUGAUACAGUCAACUCAUUGGCAGAGGACGAUCCGAACAGUCCGAUUGCAGGAAUGCCUGUUAUCCGCGUCUGGUUGGCCAAGAAAUGCAUUGUCGUAAAGCGCUCCCUGGGAGUGGGCUAUGCGGCCUUGGACAAUCCGGUCUUCUACAAGGACCACACCGACAUGCUCCUCGGUGACGCAAAAGAGGUAGGGCAGUCGUUGGAAGAGCUUGUGCACACAAAGCUGCACCGGCAUUAG